CAUUGUUUUAAACAUAUUAAGAAUACUUCUCAGUAAAAUUUCAAUAAAUUAUUUUCUAAACUGAAAACAAAAUGUGCAUGCUCUUCGAGAAAAAGUCUCAUCUUUAUACUCCUGCAUUUUCUUCCCCAGGCACCAAAUUAGAUGAAACUGAUAUGACCAUAAAGCUCACAUACUUGGCUUUCUAAAAUGUACAGUUCUUAGGUGUUUUCUAAUCAUUGAUUAAAUCAGGCCGUCGGUAAAUCCAGGUACAGGGCUCAGGACCAAGAGCACUUUUUAGUGCAUAUGCUGUCAAGAUCUUUGAGGUUAAUUCAAUCAGUGCUUUAUGAUCUUUAAAUAUUUCUUUUAGACUCAGAUGAGGGUGGCCAAUCAACAUCACUUGCUGUAGAAACCCACCUACUCGUGAGUGAAGACGUUAAGAUGCCAGGCAACACGAGGCAAGUUAAAGAAAACAGGGAUGAAAACCUAUCUUCAUCAAGUGACACCAGUGAGGAAUCGUCUGAUGAUAGCUCAGACAGUGACCGACAGCUCACUGACAGUAGUGGUGAAGAGGAUUGUAUGGACAUCACCGAAGACGAUCUUUUCAAGGAAUUGUUACAGAGGAAGUCCAACGUAACGGUAGAGAGAAAUGUGAAAUAUCUUAAUGAUCCACUUCAUAGAAAGGUGUCAAAAUUAAUGAUGUGGUUCCUGUAUUUUUUUCUUUUUUGGAAAUGUACGAGCUCCAUCAGUGAUCAAGCUUUCAGCGUUCUUUUGUCUUUUUUGUACAAGUUUUUCCAAGUGUUAAGCUUUCAUUGUGAAAAUAUGUUUUUAGAUAGGGUUGCUGCCCUUUUCCCUGCCUCUUUAUACUACUUACGUAAAGUGAUGGCUAUAGACAGAGACGAUUUUGUUAGGUAUGUCACAUGUCCAAACCCAGACUGUGCUGCUGUGUAUGAUUAUGAAAAAUGCUUUGAUACCAAUCGUAGAGGAGAAAAGGUUGCCAAAAAAUGUUGGAAUGUCCCAUUUCGUAAGGGAAAGUAUAGCAGACCGUGUAACACAGUUCUUUUUGACAAGGUCAAAUUAAAAGAUGGAAAACAUAGUUAUUAUCCGAAAAAGGUAUAUAGCUACAGAUCUGUGACAACAGCAUUAGAGGGAUUUUUAAUGAGAGAUGGUUUUGAAGAUAUGUGUGAGGAAUGGCGUAGUAGGGAUGUUAAAGAAGGUGAAUACAUUGAUGUGUAUGAUGGUAAGAUUUGGUCAGAUUUCCUCGUGAGAAAUACUAGGGAUUUUCUAGCUGCUCCAAGGAAUUUCGGCUUAAUGCUGAACAUAGACUGGUUUCAGCCCUUUGACAGAAGGAAAGAUGUGUCUGUAGGUGUUAUUUAUAUGGUUGUUAUGAACUUGCCCCGCAAUGUAAGAUUUAAACGGGAAAAUCUAAUUGUAGUAGGGAUCCUACCAGCACUGAAGAAAGAACCGAGUAACAUUAGUUCUUUUUUAGAACCCUUGGUCUCAGAGCUUAAAUGUCUGUGGAAUGGACUGCCUGUUAAAACUCCCAAACACCCAACUGGUACAACUGUCCGAGCUGCUUUGUUGUGUGCCGCUGCAGACAUACCAGCUGCAAGAAAACUGUGUGGUUUUUUGUCACAUUCAGCAACUUUCGGCUGUUCUAAAUGUCUAAAAAAAUUCCCAGGGUCAGUUAAAGAUGGUAAGGACUAUAGUGGUUUUGAUAAGGAAAAUUGGCAAGCUAGGUCCAAAUAUCAACAUUCACAGGCGAUAAGAAGAUUACGUAAAUGCAAAACCAAAACAAGUCUGAAAGAAAUGGAAAGGUCUGUUGGAUAUAGGUAUACUGCGUUGAGUGAGUUGGAAUAUUUUGAUACUGUUAGGUUUCAUGUUGUCGAUCCCAUGCAUAAUUUAUUUUUGGGUACUGCUAAACACAUCUUCAAGUUGUGGCUUUCAAAGGAAAUUUUAAGCAGAGAUGAUCUUUGUAGAAUUGAGGACAGGAUGCAGCGCAUGACAGUUCCCAGGGAGUGUGGAAGGUUGCCCCGUGAUAUUGGGGCCAAUUACUCAGGUUUCACGGCUGACCAAUGGAAAAACUGGACUACUAUCUACUCACUAUAUGCCUUGAAAGGGAUUUUGCCCGAUGCUGAUUUUAAAUGUUGGCAAAUAUUUGUCUGCGCUGUGCGCAAAAUUGUCAAGCCCAAUAUAACAUCAGUGGAUCUAGAUAUUGCUGACCUUUUGUUUGCCAAGUUUGGAAAUCGUGUUGAAAAAUUAUACGGAAAAAUGUCUGUAACCCCAAAUAUGCAUCUAUCUUGUCAUCUGGUUGAAAGCAUAAAGGAUUAUGGUUCUGUUUAUGGUUUUUGGCUCUUUUCUUUUGAGCGGUUCAAUGGGAAAAUGUCAAGUCUGUACAAUAACCAUGUGCGAUUUGAAGUACAGUUGAUGAGGGAAUUUAUGCAAUUUGACGCUAUCCUUAAUAUGAAGCAAAACAUGAUACAUGGUCCAGAAAAUAAUUUUGAAAGUUUUGUCUUUUCUUAUGUGUCGGAAAAAAAUGAGUAUAGUCGAGUCAUGGGAUUUCACUUUUAUACGCCAUUCAAAAAGGUUGCUGACUGCAUACAUUCUUGGCAAUUGUUAGAUGGCAUUGUGCCGCCUUUGCGAUUCAAAAAAUGUCCAUUAAAGAUGGACACAGAUGACAACAGGUUUCUUUGCGAAGCAUAUUCUACUAUGUACCAGGGUCUGGAUGUUUUGCCACAUAAUUUGUCAAACAUUUACUUUAAAUUUGAUUCACUUAAUUUUGGUUCAGACUACUUUACAUCAAGAUUUAAUAGGGGAGACAAGAACUGUACCGUUGUGGCGUCGUGGGCCGGUGAUGAUGGUGAGAUUACAGAUUACGGAGAUCUUAGGCCUGGUUUGAUUUCUUAUUUUAUAAAGCACACACUUUUCAUCAAUGGUAGUAAUAUUCCACAUAUAUUUGCAGUUGUGAAGUGGUACAAACGCAGUGAUAGGCAAGACUUUCCUCCCCCUUUUUCGUCAUGGCUCAGAAACAGUUUUAUCACGCCAGGUGCUGCCUCUUUCAUUCCCGUGCAAAGAAUUCGAGGGAAAUGUGCCCAUGUAACUGUGGAAACUAAUGGUGUGAAACACUUGGUGAUAUGCCCUUUAUAUAGACACAUGUGUAUUUGAUGGUUGAAGGGUUGCGAUCCCCUGUGAAAUUGUCCUGUUUUUCCUCAUCAGGAAAGUGAUACUGUUGAUAGUAGGUAGUCGCCCGCAUGAUGUUUUGAAGUAUUGUGGGCGCAUAGAUUUUUCCUUAUGAUUAUUAUGAUAAUUAUUUAUUUCAUUAUUAUCAUUAUAGCGCUUACCUGAAGGCUGUCACUUUGUUAGUGUGCGAUUCCCCGCGUUGUGAGAAGAGACUCGGCGCCUAAUCAAGCCUAGCAAGUUGAAUAGACUUCGUUCGAAUUUUUAUCAUUAUGUAUUCAUGUAUUAAAAUGUAUUCAUAUAAUUGCAUAGAUUGUUUUUCAGGGAUAAUUUCCCGGUGUGGGGAGCGUAUUUACUUUUGUAUUUUCCAGAUAACCAAGGACCCGGAGACAUUACACCACGCCCGCCGACCGAGCCUACGGAUCUCCAUCAACGCAGACACCCACUGCAGAUCGCCCGCGGAGACGUUCCUCCAUUCGCACCGCGACCGAAGUCCAUCUGCUUAGACGCCCCACUGUAGAUCGCCAAGGAGACAUUCCUCCAUUCACGAAGCGACGAGCUACUAGCCACUAAAACAUUACCCGACAGAUAAAAAAAAACAAAAAAAAACUGAACUCUCAUUAUUUAUAGCAACGACCACUGUACAUAUAUAAACUGUGACCGUGAUG